GGCGUGCUUCGCGUGCCACAGCCGGAGACCGGCAUACGCCCAUUUUAUUUCUGCCCUUUAAGUUUGUCGUUGGGUGUAAAAUGCAGGUUGCAACGAAAGUGCAACGGUUUUGCGUUUUGUUGUGGUGCAUACAGCUUUCCUACGGCGUGGUUAUACCCCCACCAUUCAACUUAUGAAGUCACCAAAUAAUAAACAUGCUGGAAAGACGAUUCUGGUCAAACUGCGCUUUAAUACUACUGCUAUUAACUUCGAUAUCAAUUUGGCAUAUUUACACCAGCCAUUCCAUUACGAUCCGUUCUGCUUACGAUUACAAUACAUCAACACGAUACUCACCUCUUAGUUUCACACUCCACACCGCAAAUUCGUCAUACAAACAUCCGAUGUACCAGCUGCCCCAGUUGGAUUACAACACCUUAAUGAAUCUGACAACAUUCGACUUCGCGAUCCUGAACAAAUGCAAGACGUGGCCUCUGUUGCUCAUUCUAGUUCACAGCGCUCCCAAUAAUUACCAUCGCCGCAAAAGUAUUAGGGAGACAUGGGGAAGUAAAUUGCAAAAUGCUUCGAUCUUUUUCAUGUUGGGGCUCGCGCGGGAAUCUAGGCUCCAAAAGAAAAUUGCGGAGGAAAACAGGAACCAUCGGGAUAUCGUGCAAGGGACGUUCCUGGACGUCUACAGAAACGUGACGUACAAGCACGUCAUGUCGCUCAAAUUUGCAAUUUACCAUUGCCCGAACGCCAAAUACAUUCUUAAGACUGACGACGACGUAUUCGUUAACAUGCCUAGGAUAGUGAAUUUUCUAACUGUAGAUUUGUCGCCGUACGGCGCCGAAAGAUUGCUUUCGUGCUCGAAACGGGCACAUUCGCCCGUCAAGCGAUCGUUCCGUUCCAAGUGGAGGGUUUCGUUCAACGAGUAUCAGAACGAGUACUAUCCGGCGUACUGUCCCGGAUGGGUCAUCAUGUAUUCGCCCGACGUCAUCUUCGUCUUAUAUCGCGAGGUGCAGAAGUUUGAUUAUUUUUGGAUCGACGACGUCCUGAUUACGGGCAUUUUGAGAGAAAGGGAAAAUAUUGAGAUACACGACGCUACUUCAAUGAUACUACCUUGCGAUAACUUAAAGAAAAUUCUACAGCACGAGAUUAUCGACCAGGGCGCUGACUUUUUGUAUGGACCGGCUGAUCUGUCAAUAAGAGAAAUGUACGCUUUAUUUCAUUUGGUCAAGAACGUCAGUAGCCUGAAAUCUAGACCGAGUGCCAGGCGAUUCCUUAAACUAUCAUCUCCGAAGUAGAUGGGUCAGCAAUCCAAAACAUCGUCGAAAUGCGAAUAUCCUGCAUCAAGUAAUAAGCUCUCAAUUUAUCCCUCGGUUUUAAUAAUUUUCGAAGAUAUAGGUAUAUGAAGUGCCUUCAUUCGCUCAUAAAAAUAUGCCAAAUUAUUUCAUGAGGUUAAAUGAUUGCGCGCCGAUUGCGUGCCGAAACUGGCCAAAAGAAAGUGUCUAAUCUUAAUUUAAUUAAUCUAAAUGUAGGAUGUUAAAACAUUUUAGAUAAUCUAAAUUAACCGUUAAAUGGUCAUAACGUUUCCAAUGUGAACUAAUAACUUUUUUUUUGGUAUUGAAUGUAAGUUGUUGGUUUUGGAAUUCAGUGUAUGAAAGGGUCCAUUUUAGUACUUAAAUAUGAAAAUGAUAUUAAUUCUAUGCAGAUUUGAGUCUAGUAAUAAUGAAAUGUUUAUUCAAUGUGACAAAUUCUUUUAAUAUGCGGAGCAUUGUAUUUUUAUACAUUAGAAAAGGUAUCCAAUUUUUUUUUCAUACCAAUUACGUGUUAAGGAAAAUUUUAUUGUUAGUAUUUAAGAGAUUUAGUUUUAGCUGUUUACGCCAUCCAGUUUCUGGUAGCAUUUUAUGAUUGUAUAGGGGUGAUUUUGUACAGGAAAUGAUAUACCUAUUUUUGUGAUUUUAGAUAGUUAUGUAAGUAUUAGAAGUAUUAGAUACUUGUUUGUUAACAUAUCAUUUGUUGCACUUGAUCUGUAAGUACCAUCACUGGCAAAGUUAAUGACCCCUC